CUAGCAUCUUGCACCAUGUUAGGAGGUAAAUCUGAAUACAUUUUUAGAUCAAGUUUAAUGUUUUAAAGCUAAUUUAUAUGCUGUUAUUAGGAUGUCAUAAUGCAAUCUUUUUUUUUUUUUACUGUUGAAUAAGGAUCAGAGAGUUGGAGAGGUCCGAGAGGAGCCUCCUGCUGCAGCUAUAUCAGCUAGCCUCUGGCUCCCAGAUCCCCAGCAUGCAACACUCCCAGAGGCUCGACCAGAGACUCCACAUGCUCAGGGAGGAGGUCAGGACCAUGACUCAGGAGAAGGAGCGAGAGGAGCGAGUAUGGAGGGAGCGACUGCAGCGCUGUCAGAGGCAACUGAAGGCCAAAGAGGAGGAGAUGAGUCGACAGGCUCAGUAUUUUGAAAACUUUAAAACACAACUCCAACACAAACUCAGCCUGGCCUGGGAGAGCGAGCAGAGCCUGCAGAAUCGCAUCUUCACCUUAGAAAAGCAGCUACUUGACAUGACUGUGAGCGCUGCCACUGGUAUGGCAACGAUCAGAGCAGUCCGAAUUACUGCUGGGACUGUGCAAUGCUUGGGAGAACAAGAAAGGCUGUCUUCCAUGAGGGGAGAGGGUGAAGGAGAAGAGGAGACCAAGGAGGAGAGGCGGAAGCAAUGGCAGCCAAGUGUUGGAACUGGGAGAGAAGAAAGGCAAGAGAGUGAUGAGGGAAAAACAGAAAAUGACGUAGAAGGAGGAAGAAACAGUGACACAAAGCAAUCCUCGAAUGAAGCAAGGUUGCAAGGAUUCAUUGUCAGCCUGCAGGAGGAUCUCAGAGUGCUGCUGGAGAGAGAGGAGGAGAGAAUAACUGAGAGGAGGGGUCUAAUGGAGCAGCUCCAGGAGGCCCAGGAGAGCAGCCACUUCCUCAACUGCCAAGUGGAUGAGAUGAAGGCAGAGAUCGAUCAGCUGAAACUGUCUGACAGUUCACUGUUGGAGGAGGUUGAACAACUGAGAGAGGAGAACCAAAGACUGCAGCAGGUCCUCAGGGAUUCAGCUAACCACACACCAAGUCAACCAUCUGCAUGCCUGAAUCCUGGGAACAGCACACCCAACUCCAGUCCAGCUGUUAAUUCUGUGAACUCCAACACUUUCUCAUAUACCACUGCCACAGGACACUCAUCAGUGGCUUGCUUGGGAGAGGCUUAUUCAUCUGCAGUUGCACGUGUUCACCACCAGGCGACAGCAGAGGGCACAGAGAGCAACACAGAACAUUACUCCUCAGCACUUAAAUUAAAAAUGCCACCUAAAAAUAAUCCUUUGAAUUCGUUUUACCGUGGCUCUGAACCCAGCACCAACUUCAAGUCAUUUUCCUUGACUACAGAAUCAUUAGAUGAGUUUAAACUUGGAAACUGGUGCUCUGCAGGGAUCUUAAAUUUGGAGGAAAGCCCCAGUGAGGAAUCUGAUGCCCUGAGGGAAGCAUACAGGAGCUUGGGGUUAGGUGGAGAUCUUAGAGCUCUUCAAGAGCAACGUGAUGACAUGGAGGUUGUUCUGCAGCGCACACAGAAUCAGCUAAAGGAGAUGGCUGAGGAGAAUGUUCAACUGAAGUUAGAACUCAGGAAACAAGCAGAGGAAAAAGAGGUGGAGACUGAGCAGAGCUCUUCAAGAGAAAAGAUUAACACACCCUUCACCUUUGAUGGAAAUGAUCAUCUCAGGUCAUCUCCUACCCAAGAUGAGACGAUUCUUCCUCUUGCCCAGGAUGAUCCUACCCAAGCCCUGAAUCAGGAAAACAGGGCCAUGGCAGAGAGGAUCCAGGAACUCUUGGCUCACAUUGAGCUCAAAGAAGUGGACAUGACAAAGCAGCAAACACAGCUGAUGGAGCGCAUCUCCCGGCUAGAGGAGGAUCAGGUCAGGCUGGAGCAGGAGAACCAGGAACAGGGAUGUUUGAUCUCAGAACUCACAAAGAAGACUGAGGAUGAUCUGAACACCAUCAUGGAGCUGCAGCAAAAGUUAGUCCAAGGAGAAGAAGUGGCACAUUUGAUGUUCAAUCAAGAAACUGACACUUUGAAAGCAGAUUCAGUAUCUGGUAGUCAGCAUAAUAAUCACUGUGACUCGCUAAAGAACAGCUCACAAAACCAUCCUCAUGUUGGUUCACUGACAGAACAAGUGGCCCAGUUGACCAACUCAGUCCAGAAUCUCAAAACAGAACAAGAAGGAUUGACUAAAUACAUCAGUUCACUCAGAGAGCAGCAAAGAGAAGUAGCUCUGUCAAUCCAAGUACAGACAGAAGAGAAACAGCAAUUAACUCGGACAAUAUGGAGACUGAAGGAGGAGAAAGACUACAUCUUUAAAGCUCUGGCUGACCUUAAACAAGAGAAAGAACAGCUGAGCAGGGCUGUCUGUGGACUGAGAAAUGAGAAAGAACACUUUGUAAGGUCCAUGAAUGGCCUAAAUCAGGAGAAAGAGCAGCUAAACAAGUCUUUAUCUGCUCUUGAAAGAGAUAAAGGGGCAAUAAUGGAAUCUCUCUCAAGUGGAAAAGAAGAGAGAGAUGAAACACUGAAGUCAUUGCAGAGUUUACGGACAGAAAGUGACCAGGUAAGCCAGACAGUGCUGAAUUUGAAACAAGAGAGAGACAACCUAACCAAUUCCCUUAAGUGUCUGAAGGAACAGAGAGACCAGGAACAAAUAUCUUUCAGUUUAAUGGAAGACCACGACAGGUUGAUGAAGACAGUAAGCAGUUUGAAAGAAGAAAAAGGAAGAAGUGAACAUUCAGUCAGUUGUUUGAAAGAAGAGGAAAAGCAGAUAAUGCUCGUAAUUCAAGGCCUAAGAGAAGAAAGGAACAGCUUACAAGCUCUCUGCAUCCAAAAACAAACAGAAGAGGGAAAUCAGAAGCAGCAGCUGUUGAAUCCCAGCAGCGCCGAUUUGACAAAGAAGACCGAGAUUCCUGCUGAGACUGCAGAUUAUGCUACACAAAGAUUCCAGUCUAAUAACCACAGAAGGAACUUAAUGCAGCAGGAGGAAAAUGAUCUGAUGAGAGAGAUUGAAGCUUUGGGAGCAGAGUUAAAGAGGUCACAAGAGGAAAUGGACAAGAGCCGUGCAGAGAUCAAGAGGCUUCACGGUGAGCUGUGCCAUUCAGAAGAAAAGAGGGAGGAGGCAGAGAAGAAGGCAACCCAAGCAGCUGAAAAGGUGAUGAAACUGACGGAUGUCGAGAAUCAGAUGGAAGAAACCAGGAAGGAAAAUUACAACCUCAUAACCCAGGUGAAGGAGCUGCAGAACAAAGUGACAGGCCUGCUUAGGGAGAAGACUGACGCUCUGUCACUUAAGGCUCAAAUAGAGGAGCAAUACAAAAUCCUCACCUCUCAACUCAAUGCCAAGCAGACUGUCGCUCUAGAAGAGCUGAACUCGGAGUAUAUAGCUCUGAAAAGAGGGCAGGGCAGCAGGGACGAUAUCAGUACUGUUCUUGUCUCACUCAGGGCACGUUACAAUGACAUCAGAGCUAAGUAUGAUGCACUGCUGAAAAGGAAAAGUGAGACAGAGCUGGACAUACCUCCUUUAAAGGCUAAGCUGUCUUGCCUUGUGGUGAAGUGUCAGGAGAGGAACAGCUUGUUAUAUCAGAUGAUGAAGAUCUUGCAGAGACAAGGCUUUGUGGCCCCCCACCUCACACAGCAAGUCGAGCAUCUGCUCAGCGAUGCUGCUCUGCAGGACUACACUGCAGCAUUUGCAUCAGAAAGCAUCACAAAGACCCGGGAUUACACUAGUGGGUUUACUCCUGUAUUUAUUUCAAAAUUUAAAGGCUGCACCAGUGAAUUCAUACCUGAUUGGACCAGCCCGGUUGUAUCCACCUCUGUAAAAAAGCAACAACAAACUGGAGUCACACCUGAAGCUGGCAGAGGGAAAGAAAUUUACAGAGUUUCCACUGAAUCUCUAACAAAUCAUCAAGACUGCAGUAGUGAAUUCACACCUGUAGCAACAGGAUCAAUAAAGAAAGAUGCCAGCUCAUCUGUGCCAUCCUCACCAGUGCUAGAGCCAGCCAGCAUUCAGGAGUCAUCGUCAGCUGUUCCACCAAACGAGAGCGAGAUCACCAGUACAGCUCCGCUGUCUCCUUCUGCAAGUGGACCAUCCCAAGCAGCCAGUAAAGCAGAGAAAUCUGAGUUUCAUUAUCUGGAUGUAACGAAAGAGAAGUGCUCCCUAUAUCCCACCAGUCUGACUGCAUCCUUGCUGAGUCCUACCAUUUACUCCUUUGCCAGUCCAAGGAGGAGGCUAAGUAGUCCCGAGAAGAUUCUUAACCUACAAGAACAGCUGCAGAAGACCCUGAGGAGCAGCUUUGAGGCUCCAGAGAGCAGAGGAAGAGGGCAGCAACCCAGGAGGAGUCUGUCACUUUCAGCUCCUACAGACCUGAACAAAGCCUCUCAGACUAAGAAGCUGAGCCUCAGUCCCAGUCCUCCACAGAUCAACUCUGUCCCAGUCACCACUGCUUUUAGCCAAGCUGCACACACUCCAGUAGUAACAACUAAACCAACUGCCACUAACAAGUCACCAACACUUUUUGAUGCAGUUGCAUGUAGAUCAGCCUAUGCCACAUUCAGUCCCAGCGUGUUUACUAACCACCACCUUAAAGCAGCCACAACUAAAACAACACCUGCUCUGUCUAGCUCAUCUAACUUUCUUUCUUCCACCCUGGUUACAACCAAAUCCAUUUCAAGUAGUGGCACUAAUGUAACGUUAUACCCGGAAAUGACAAAGAAAAUCACUGCAAUCUCAGAUGUAGCUUGUUCUACACAUAAAGCUUCUAUACAGAGCGCUACUACCUUUGACUCUGAUGUUACUAAUCCAAAAGCCACUCCCUCAGAUGCAACUGCCCCUAACAUAUCAACUGCCCCUAAAGUUAUAAGUUUCAACAUGACUUCUAAAAUAGAUGGUGCUUCCCCUGAAAUUGCUCAGUCCUAUCAGCUGUCUCAUUGCUCUCCUGAGAGAUCAGACAAGUCCACCGCUCAUCUAGGAAAAAUUAAGGCUGCGAGACCCAAGCCAGAAGCUCCAGCCGAGGUUCGAUCUGUUGAGGUCAUCAAAACAGUGGGCCAGAGCAGCCUCAUGAUUGGGUGGGAGAGACCACAACUCGAUGAGCUGGGGUGCAGUAAUGGGACAUUUGUGUACGGAUACAGGGUGUAUGUUGAUGGGGACUUUCACAAAUCUGUCAUGAGUUCAGCGUGCACCAAGUGUAUUCUUGAGAAUAUCGACCUGAGUGUCCCUGCCCACAUCAGUGUGCAGACACUUGGAUCUAAUGGUCUCAGUUCAGAUAGUGUCCACACCAUGUACCGGACCUCAGUUGGAAGUGAGCCACAGUGAAUCCACAGAGAUGAUGAGAUCAGCAGAAAUACAGCAAAUUCUCAGUGAAAACCUUUCUCACAAGGGCCAAACUCUGAAUGCACAGAGCCAUCUAUAGCUGCAGGCCUCUGAGGGACCGCCCUCACCUCUGCCUCGACUGAGACACAGUCGCACUGCUGGAUAACCGCGCCACGUCAGGCUCAGGUCAACCAAUCAGAAAAACUCAUCUCACACGGCCAUUGCCAGCCUAUGAACACGUAGUGACCUGUGGUCGGCCACUAAACCUCGAAUUGAUGAACUAAAGAUGUCAUACAACAUACUGUGUAAGAUACCCGCCUUGGAUCUCAGAGUUAAUCUGCACGUAAAAGCAGCUCAAUCCUUGUUGGAGGAACUUUCUGUUUUAUAGUCUCAUCUGUUGGCUGUUGGACCGCUUAAAUGAGUGAGAUGAUGUGCUUGCCACUCCAUAUGAUUGCCAGAUUGCCCACCAAACAAGUCUUGAAAAACUGCUAAGUGCAAAUGUUUAUGAAGCCAAGCUGAAUCACACUGUAAAAAGCUGCCUGUGACACCAACACUUACUAACACUGGUCAAGCAAGACAUAAAAAUGACAGAGGGAUAUCUGCUUCUGCUGCACUUUUACACUGUGUUAAACACUGGGAGAUAAUGUGUCAUACUGCUUGUCAUUUUACUGCCUCUGUGGACUGAGGACCUGAACAGCUGGUUAAAGGGACAUUAAGUAUUUGAAAAGCCUUUUUGACAGCAACACACACUGUAUAAUGUGCUGACACAACAUUGUACACAAAGUUCAUAGUACUUGAUUUUUACACACAAAGCCAAAUAUGUGAAAAGAUGUUUGACUCCAAAGACUUAUCUGUUUCCUUCUCCUCAUAGGUCUGCAGGAUUUCUUUAAUCACAGAUGACAGAUGUUAUUUAAGUUUGAAAAAUUUGCACACAAUCAGUAUUGAUAUCUAGAAGAAGAAAUUUUAAAAAAGAGAUUAUCACUGAUAUUUUUUUGUAGAGAUUAUUAAAAAAUAUGUCAAUAUAUCACACAGUGUAUGUCUUUUUGUAUGAGUGACACUUUCAUAUCUAAUAGAUGUCAUAUUUGCACGCUCACAUUAUUUUUUUUUUAAUAUUAUAAAUGUCCACAACAUGCAUACUAUGUUCUUUUUAAUACUAACUGUGUACGGGUGCAGAGUGAUCAUGGUGCAGCAAAGGUAUUUUUCUAUCAGUAAUUGAUAAUAUUGUUUUCCCAUUGAU